AUGUCUAGUUCCAGUAUCGAUCAAACAGGAACUCCUCCAACAGCAGCUGGUGCAAAUGAAAAACAAAGUCCAAAAGACCAACUACUUCCACAAGUAGUGCAAACUGUGAGGGCAUCAGUAGCUUUAGCCGCCCAAGAUGUAGAUUUCUACCGUAGUAUGGACAAAACUACUGCGAAAACUUUGAAAGAAACGACUUCUCAGUUAGCAGAUAUGAUUAAUAGUGUCCUUUUAGCAGUCGAUGAAAACUCUGAAACUUUAGAUGGAACAAAGGAAAAUUUGGAGGAUAAUUGGAAAGACUUUAGUAAUUUGAUGGAUAAUUUAUUGGAAAAGUCAGAUAGAUCUAUGGAUAUGUUACUACGUUCCAAAAAUACCAAUACAAACAACAGUAAUAUGCAGUAUUUAGAUGAAUAUUCUGGUAGAGAUGAUACUAGUUCUAAAAGACGUGCUAUUGGAAAACCGCAAUUGGAGUUUGAUGUACCCGUAGAUAAUACAGAAACUCAUCCUUUUAUACCGUUAUUAAAAUCUAAACCUAAUGCGUUGAAAUCAUUAGAUGAAUCCAUUCAAUUAUUACCUGUUGAUGAGAACGUGCCAGAACAUUAUGCGCAACCAUAUGAAUACGAAAUAGAUAAUCAACCAUAUAAUGACAAGAUUUUACAACUAUCUGAUCCUAUCCCUUCUCAACCUUGGAUGGAAACUACCGCUAUAUGGGUUGAUACUCCUGAAUCAUUACAAUCUAUGAUCAAAGAUUUGAACAAUUGUACUGAAUUUGCAGUCGAUUUAGAACAUCACGAUUAUAGAACAUAUUAUGGUAUUGUGUGUUUGAUGCAAAUUAGUACUCGUACACAAGAUUAUAUUGUGGAUACGUUAAAACUGAGAAGUCACUUACAGCCACUAAAUGAACCAUUUACGAAUCCUCAGAUUACAAAAGUUUUGCAUGGUGCAUUCAUGGAUAUAAUAUGGUUACAACGUGAUCUCGGUCUCUAUAUUGUUAGUCUGUUCGACACAUUCCACGCAUCAAGAGCUUUAGGAUUUCCUAAGAAUAGUUUGGCAUAUCUCUUAGAAAAAUUCUCUAAUUUUAAAACUUCCAAGAAAUAUCAAAUGGCUGAUUGGAGAAUAAGACCAUUAUCGAAGGCAAUGAAUUCUUAUGCAAGGUCGGAUACUCAUUUCCUUUUAAACAUUUUCGAUCAAAUGAGAAAUAAAUUGGUGCAAGAUGGUAAACUAGCAGGUGUACUUAAAGAAUCAAGAAAUGUAGCUAAAAGAAGAUUUGAAUAUGUUAAAUAUAGACCACUCAUUACCUCAUCUGCUGUUUAUUCACCAAUUGAAAAGAUCGAUCCAUGGAAAACCUUAAUGUAUCAAUAUAACAUACCAUUAGCUAAAGAAUUGUUAUUAAAGGAGUUAUAUCAAUGGAGAGAUAAAAUUGCAAGAAGAGAUGAUGAAUCACCGAGAUAUAUUAUGCCUAAUCAGUUACUAGUAUCAUUAGUUGCAUACGCUCCUGUGGAGCCUGCAGGUGUUGUAUCUGUGAGCAAUAUGGUUACCGAUCAUGUUAGAUCUAAUUCUAAAAUCCUAGCCAAUUUAAUAAAGAAUUGUUUGACCAAGAUAAAAGAUACUACUGAUGCUGAUAGUUUGAUUUUACAACAAGAACAAAACCAACCUGGAACGUCAACAACGACAACUAAUGUCGAUUUGUCUGAACAAUUAAGUAUUCAUCAAUUGAACACCCUGAAGUCUCAAUUCUUAUCAUUAUAUUCCAAAGUCAAUCAUAUAGAAGGCGUGACGAAUAACGCUAGAAACGCUGAGAAAAAAAAUUCAUUUCUUUUAUGUACUGACCAUAUGUCAUUUAAUGAUGAAGAUGGAAAGAAUUUUAUAAAAUAUUCAGUAUCACCUGAUAAGAAAGACAAGAUCACCACCGAAGAACUGUUAAAACGUGAAGAAAUGUUUGACCAAGCUAUGGAACAAUUACAGCAAGUUGAAUAUUCUAUCCCAAUACCAGAGAAUGAAAUAGUAGUAGUAGAAUCAGAACAACAAGAACCUUCAAUACCUGCGGCGAAUGCAGAGAUAACGACAGCUGUAGCGUCAAGGAAGAAGGAAGAUCUUGAUGAAAUUAUAGUGCUGAAGAAAACGAAUAGAAAUAAGGGAAAAAAGCGUGAAAGAAAACAUAGUGAUGAUGAUGAUGAAGGUGAAAUUGAAGUUAUAGAUUAUUCAAAGAUGGAGAAAGUUCUCGAUAAUAGUAAUACCAAGAGAAAUCAAAAUAAGAACAACAACGGCAAUAAGAGGAAAAGAUUCGAUCCAUAUAAUGUUAAUAAUGAAGGACCAAGAGCUCCAAAGAAGAGGAAAGCUAUGACAAGGGGUAAGAAUGUUUCCUUUAAAAGAUAA